CCACAGAUCAGAUGAAUGGUGCAAAGUGGUUGGCGAAUGCGCCCACCCUUGAGUUGUGAUUACGCCUACUUAAUCGUCGGAACGAUGGCUUUCCUGCAAGUGACUCCCACUCAAUGUGAUCCAAGCCCAAUACGCCAAUCGCCACAAGCCGAAAAGGAUCUCUCCGAAUUUCCCGAGGUCUUGCUAAUUGCCGUUCUUGUUGACCUUGAACCGAUCCGGUUGAUGCCAACCUGUUUCCCGCCAAUCAGCCAGUCUAUACGGUGGCCCACUAACCGGGCAGGUCUUUGAUAAUUAACCGUUGAACUCUAGAAUUCCAGAAUUCUAGGCUCAGCCCUAUGCGUCCGUACCUGCCGAUCUCCGCCCCCAUAGAUCGCAUGC